AUGCGCGCUUUCUCUAAACUCGUGGGGAAAUCCAAGAAAUCUCAGGCAAAUAAAGAAGAUCUACCCAGAUAUUCAGCUUCCUCUCUUCAGGAGGACCCUUCCCUCAAGGGAGACAAACUGAUGGAUACAGCAAACAUAUUCCUCGAGUUUACGGCGAAUAUAGCAGAAGCAUCAGACGUACUCGGUCCCCUCAAAGCGGCUUGUAAAGCAACCCAGACGGUCAUCGGCAUCAUUCAAGGCGUAAAGAACAACCGCGAAGAUUGGUCGGAGAUUAUACAGCGUCUCCAAGACUAUCUUUCGGCUAUCGAGGAACAAAUCACCCUGCUCAAAGGCGAGAACACCAGUGGGCCGCUCGACGAGGCAUUUAGUCGACCACUCACCCGUUAUGUCAAACAUCUCGAGGACCUCCAUAAGAGGAUCGUUGACCGCACGGAACAACAAAGGAGCAAAUCACUCGGACGUUUCGCAGAAAUCAGUACCAUCAAGAUUGACGCCGGGGAUAUCCAAAAAUUCAAUCGAGAUAUCGAGGCUCAGCACAGGCAAUUUAUGGUAUGA